AGAAAAUGUGGCACGAAGCGCGACGGCAGGAGAAGAUUCUGCGCACCACAAUGAUCGAUCAAUCAAAAAGGGCAGAACGAAAACGGAGAUAUUUUGAAAAUGUCCGAAAAGAUCCAGACCAAUUCAUGCAGAUUCAUGGACGAAAAGCCCAGAUUCACGCUGAUUUGGGAAUUGCUCGGGCUGCUGAAGACGCCAACAUCUUAAGGCCGUGGCAAGGAGAUUCCACUAUUACUAUUGAUCGAUUUGACGCUCGAUCGCAUCUAUCUAAAAUGGAUUUAGUAGAUAUCGAUGAAAUAAUUCCAAAAACGAAGACCGAAAUCGUUGACGAAAAAGAACAAAUUGUGACGGAUUUCGAGCGUUACCGGGUGCUCAUUAUAAACGAUUACAAAAAAGUUUCGGAAAAACAUUAUCUCAAAAAAAUUGCGGAUCGAGAGUUCUGGUGUGCAGAAAAAGAUAACAAUAGAAAAGUGGAAACUGAAAAAAAGAAAAAGUCCGCGGAAAAGAAGUCGACGAUUGGAUUUAGUUACGAUGACUCGGAAGUUGUGAAAGGCGGAAAAGAUGAAAAGUACAACUCUGAUGGCGACAGCGAAGAAGAGGAAAUGGAUGAUAUGCAAGACUUGGAUGUCGAUCUUGAUACUUCAAUACUCAAUCCUGAAACGCAGAGGACUGUUAACAAAAGUGGAGAAGAGUUUGGUGUAAAACGAGGGUUAUUCUGUGCUCUUCUAAAAGCCGAUCAACAAGCGUUGCGGGAUGCCGCACAAUUGAAACAAAUUGAUCGUCAAAAGGCUGCGCUCUCUGGUCGAGAAUCAAAGCAUGAAAGAAUGCUUCUUCGUCAACAACGUCAAGCCAUUGUUGGAAAAAGAGGAAUGGUUGUUUCUGAAAAUGGAGCAACUGCUACUCUUCUGGGAUUCAUCAAUCAAAGUCAGAAAAAAUCGAAAGUCGAUGAAUUGAUUGAAGAUAUGGAAGGAAGCGAUAAUGAUGAUGAUCGACGUGCAAAACCUGAAUUCAUUACAACAUUUGGAGGUGGUGCCGAUCGAGACAGUGAUGAUGAAAUUAAAAAAGAAAUUGUCGGUCCAGAACUCCCGUCUGAAGAAUAUCGAAAAAUUUUGAAACUGUCCCAGAAUCGAAGAAAAGAUGACGAUGCUGUUGACUGGGGAAAUCUAAAAGUUGGUGGGGGUAAUGGAGGAAUGAAUAGAAGAUCGUGGAGCAGAUCGAGAAGCCGUUCAAGAAGUAGAUCCCCGCCAAGAAGAAGAAGUAGAUCAAGGUCACGAACAAGAGAUCGACGCCGACCAAGAAGAAGUAAUUCGAGACGAAGAAGCCGUUCUAGAGACCGGCAACGACGCAGUCGUUCGCGUGAUCGUCGUAGAUAUUCUCCAGAUCGUCGAGAGCGUAGACGUAGUCGGUCCAGGGAUCGUAGAAGGCACAGAAGUCGAAGCACGAGUAGAAGACGCCAGCGUUCGAAAGAUCGGAGACGAGACAGAUCUAGAGACAGAUCCAGAGAUGAAAGAAAUGAGAAACGAAGAACAUCAAAGAACGUGGUACGACAAGAUGAUGUUGUCUCUUGUGUUGUUUCAGAAGAGAAACCUCCAGUGAAAGUUGACGAGCCCAGAGAGAGUAGCGCUGAAGACAGUGAUUCCGAUCAUGUAAAAAUGUUGGAAAUAAGGUCGAGUAUGUCGGACUCAGAAAAGGAAAAAGCUGAAAUUGAAAACCGAAAACGGCGCGUAAAAUUGACAAAGAAAUUGAUUAAAGAGAAACGUGGACAGACAUCAAAUGAUCGUAGCAGUGAUGAAGAUGAUGGUGAACAACAGUGGAAAACGGAGCAAGCGAGACGAGUAAAAAUGCAGAUGAGUCAAGCGUUAAAGAAAACAAGACAAGAAUUGGCGAAAGAAGAAGAAGAUCGCAAGAAAGAAGCUGAAGUCGCCCAACGAGUUCGCGAUGAGCUUCGGUACAUAGAAACCCAAGAACGGCGAGAGCGAGAACGUGCCAAACGGAAUCCAGAAAUUACACUUCCUCCUUCCAAAUAGUCAUCCAUCACAGCCACUUUCUAUUCAAGGCUUUAUUUUAAAUAUUUGUUUUUAUGUAAUCUAUUCCAACCCGUGUUUGUUUUGAUUUUCAAACGAUUUAUUCAUAAAAGAGGUCAUCAAAUGUUGCAU